GACACCGUCUCUGAGAAGAAAUUGGUCUCUGAGGCGGAUAUAGAGACGGAAUAAGGGUUUAAUCCCUCGUCUUCCUUCCUUCCUCCAAUCUCAGCCGUCAGCCUCGCCUUCCCGCUUCCCUCGCCUUCGUGGCCGCCGUCCGUCGCCCUCGCCAUCGACGCCGCCUCUGCCAUCCGCCGCCAUAGCACGGCCGCUGUUUCCUACCUCUGCCGGCUUUCCAGCAUCGAACGAGGAUGUCUCGAAUAUGCGUGAAGAAUUUGCCGAAGUAUGCUACAGAGGAGCGCCUCAGGGAUUUCUUUUCACAGAAAGGAGAAGUAACAGAUGCCAAGCUAAUGCGCACCAAAGAUGGAAAGAGCCGGCAGUUUGGCUUCGUUGGUUUUCGGACCGAGCAGGAAGCUGAGGAAGCUCUCAAAUACUUCAACAAAUCUUACAUGGAUACUUGCAGAAUUACUUGUGAGAUUGCUCGUAAAGUUGGAGAUCCAAACAUUCCUCGUCCAUGGAGUCGGUAUUCCAUUAACAAACCACAGAGUUCAACUCAGGGAGAAAAUUUUGUUCCUAAGAGGGAGGGCCUUGAAAUUUCCAAGGGAGGAAAAAAUAAUAAGAAGGACAUUGAGGAUGAUGACCCUCAGCUUCAGGAGUUUCUUCAAGUAAUGCAGCCCCGGGUGAAGUCAAAAUUGUGGGGAAAUGAUUCAUUGAUUGCUUCCAAUGUUGAGAAGAAUGGACAAGCUAAUGAUGAGAACACCCAGAUGACAGCCUUACUCAAUGAGAAAUCAGCUCGAGUGAUGACUAUAAUAGAUGAACCUGAGAAAGCCGAAAAUGAGUCAUUAGAGAUUCAACCAACUGAAAAAUCAAACAAUUUGGCCAUUGAUGAAUUUACCUCAGAUGUGGAUUACUUCAAGAGUAGAAUGAAGAAAGAGUGGUCUGAUUCUGAAAGUAGUGAUGAGGAGGAUGACAGCAAUAACAGCGAUGAUGAUGGUGGUGGAAUGCAUUCUCCGAAGAAAAGCAAUAAGGCCCAGGAUGUUCGGAAAGUAGGUCCAAGGGUACAACCUGAUUCCUUAAAAAGAGAAGCUUCUGAAGAGGAUGCCCAAGAUGAGUUUUCUGGAAGUUCUGAUCACAAGAUGAUUGAUUUAGGCAAUCAAUCACCAAGAUUGAAAGAUGAUAACAGAGAACUUCUAGAGACUGGUCGUCUUUUUGUCCGCAAUCUGCCAUAUACUACCAGUGAGUAUGAGCUGGAAGAGCACUUUAGCAGAUUUGGCAAUGUAUCUGAAGUUCAUAUCGUUGUUGAUAAAGAUACGAAGAGGUCAAAAGGAACUGCUUAUGUUCAUUAUUCACUUCCAGAAUCUGCCUCCAGAGCCUUAGAAGAGUUGGACAAUUCAAUUUUUCAAGGAAGGUUAUUGCAUAUUAUGCCAGCAAAGCAAAAAAUUGCUUUGGAGAAGCAAGAGAGCAUUGCUUCUGCAAAUGAAUCUCUAAAGAGAUUUAAGCAAAGAAGGGAGGAUGAGAAAAAGGCAUCUGAAGCCAGCGGAAAUACACGAGCAUGGAACAGUUUGUUCAUGCGACCUGAUACUGUCGUUGAAAAUGUUGCUAGAAAAUUUGGUACAAGUAAAAGUGAUUUUCUUGACCGAGAAGCUGACGAUCUUGCUGUCCGCAUUGCUUUGGGAGAAACUCAAGUGAUCGCCGAGACAAAAACGGCGCUUGUAAAUGCAGGGGUUAAUAUAACCUCAUUAGAAGAAUUUUCCAGUGGGAAAACUGUUGGUGUGAAGAGAAGCAACCACAUAAUAUUAGUCAAGAACUUGCCUUACAGUUCUUCUGAAGGUGAACUUGCUAAGAUGUUUGGGAAAUUUGCCAGCUUGGACAAAAUUAUUCUCCCUCCAACAAAAACUUUGGCUUUGGUUGUUUUCCUUGAACCAGCUGAGGCACGUGCAGCUUUCAGAGGUUUAGCUUACAAGCGUUACAAGGAUGCUCCACUAUAUUUGGAAUGGGCACCUGAUCAUAUUCUUAAUCAAAAUACUACAUCUAUUGAUGCGGCAAAUACUGUCAUUGUUGGUGAGAAUGAAGUCAAGAGGGUAAUAUUGGAGCAACAAGUGGAAGGAAUAACAGAUGGAGAGAUUGAUCCUGAUAGAAUUGAGUCGCGAUCACUAUUUGUGAAGAACCUGAAUUUUAAGACAUCUGAUGAAUCUAUUAGGAAGCAUUUUAGUGAACACAUGAAAGAGGGAAGAAUCUUAAGUGUCAGGGUGAAGAAGCACUUGAAAAAUGGAAAGAAUGUCUCCAUGGGCUUUGGUUUUAUAGAGUUUGAUUCUAUUGAAACAGCAAUGAAUGUUUGCAAGAAUCUACAGGGAACUGUUUUGGAUGGACAUGCACUUAUUUUGCAAUUUUGUCAUCCUAAGAAGGAUGACCAAGUUGUAAAAAAUGUUGACAAGGAUGGCAGUUCAACAAAAUUAAUGGUAAGAAAUGUAGCUUUUGAGGCAACGGAGAAAGAUCUCAGACAACUAUUUAAUCCAUUUGGUCAGAUUAAACGUUUGAGGUUGCCAAUGAGAUUCGGGAAGCACAGAGGCUUUGCUUUUGUAGAGUAUGUCACAAAACAAGAGACCCAGAAUGCACUUAAAGCCCUUUCAAACACCCACCUCUACGGUCGCCAUCUGGUCCUGGAAAGGGCAAAGGAGGGCGAGACCUUGGAAGAACUGCGGGCUCGAACGGCUGCUCAGUUUAGCGACGGACAGAGUGGGUUUAACUCAACUAAGCUAUCCAAGAAGAGGAAACACCUGGCCAUCGUUGAUGAGGGGAGCAUUAGAUUUGAAAGAAUUGCUGAUUAAUUAGCGUUAUUAUAUAUAUGUUUGUAUCUUUAUAUCAUCCAAAUAUCCGAACUUGGCCCCGUUUUUCCAUGUCGGGUGCUUGAACUCAAUAACUUUUCAGUUACCAAAAUGUAAUAUUCGGAAGAAGGGGAGAAAAUUUCUAAUUGGACAAAAGAGAUGAGCAUAUCAUCAA